AACCCCAGCAAGGCGGCCGAGUACCUGAAGGAGCUGAACAAGAUUAUCGAGACGCAGCAGGAGCUGCUGGAGAAGCAGAAGCGGAGGAUAGACGAGCUGGAGCAGCAAGUGGCCAAGUUGUACCACGAAAAUGCCUGCCUUCAGGACGAGCAUCACCGGCACCUGGCCACAUGCCGGCUCCAGCAGGGUAUCCCUCCUGCGCCCCCGGGGGUGCUGAGCGCCAUCCAGGAAAACGCCAGGCACGAGAAGUAUGAAGGUGACAGCUCAAGAAGCCUCAGGUCUUUAAAUACUCUGCACCAGUUUUGCUGUCCAGCUCCAUUGUACCAUUCCCAGCUAGCUGUCCCUGCCACACACUCAGAGUACAGGACUUCACUGGAAACAGGAAGCAGUGUCUCAACUGACCCACUCAGCGUUGAGGGGGAGGCUCCCAGCAGUGAGACUGGAACAUCCCUGGAUAGCCCCUCUGGCUACCCGCAGGGCCCUAUAACGCACAGCUCUGCUCUGAGCCCCGAGCACUACGAGCACCCCUACGGGCUCUACUCCAUCGCACCAGGCCAGCAGCGAGCCCGCCGGCCCAAGCUGCAGCACUCCACCUCCAUCCUGCGCAAACAGGCUGAGGAAGAAGCCAUCAAACGGUCCAGAUCACUUUCGGAGAGCUAUGAACUCUCUUCAGACCUACAGGAUAAGCAGGUGGAGAUGCUAGAACGGAAGUAUGGGGGCCGUCUGAUCACCAGACAUGCUGCCCGCACCAUCCAGACCGCCUUCCGCCAGUAUCAGAUGAACAAGAACUUUGAGCGCCUUCGCAGUUCUAUGUCUGAGAAUCGCAUGUCAAGGCGCAUCGUGCUGUCCAAUAUGAGAAUGCAGUUUUCCUUUGAAGGCCCUGAGAAAGUCCACAGCUCCUACUUUGAAGGAAAGCAAGUUUCUGUUACAAAUGAUGGGUCAAAGCUGGGCUCCCUCGUACCGUCGGAGUGCGAUGAGCUCAGGGAGACAGCUACCAUGAAGUCCCCGACAGCAUCCACUGAUUUCACCGAUGCCAUAACAGAACUGGAGGAUGCUUUUUCCAGGCAGGUGAAAUCCCUGGCGGAAUCCAUCGAUGACGCGCUGAACUGCCGCAGUCUGCAUUCGGAUGAAAUCCAGAGUGUGGAGCAGGUCAGGAGCAGGGAAAUGGAGAGGGAGAGCUGUGCCCCAAGCAAACCAGCAAUCCACAAUGUGGAUCACAGGAAGCUGGAUGAGAUGACAGCGUCCUACAGCGAUGUCACGUUGUACAUUGACGAGGAGGAGCUGUCCCCACCCUUGCCACUCUCCCAGUCUGUGGACAGACCAUCCAGCACAGAGUCGGACUUGAGGCUCCGUUCCAUGAACUCUUCCCAAGAGUACUGGUCCAUGACCCAUAAAGAUGAUAAGAUAGACACUGAUACGAGCUGCAGGAGUACCCCAUCACUGGAAUGUCAGGAGCAGAGGAUGAGGAUGGAUCACCUCCCUCUGCUCACUAUUGAGCCGCCCAGUGACAGUUCCGUGGAUUUGAGCGAUCGCUCAGAGAGGGGCUCCUUAAAGAGACAGAAUGCAUAUGACCGAGGCAUCACCAGCCAGCAAGGCAGCCCUAAACAUAUCCCUCACAGCAUUCCUGCCAAGAUCAUCACCCGGGAGGAGCAGGAGGCCAGGCACAGGGCUAGGCCCAUAGACAGUCAUUUGGCCAUCAAUGGCACAGCAAACAGGCAAAGCAAAUCUGAGUCUGAUUACUCUGAUGGAGACAACGACAGUAUCAACAGCACUUCCAACUCCAAUGAUACAAUAAAUUGCAGCUCAGAAUCCUCUUCUAGGGACAGCCUAAGAGAGCAAACCUUGAGCAAACAAACAUACCACAAAGAGACUCGGAACAGCUGGGAUUCCCCUGCCUUCAGUAAUGAUGUUAUCAGGAAACGCCAUUAUAGGAUCGGGCUGAAUCUUUUUAACAAAAAACCUGAAAAAGGAGUCCAGUACCUCAUUGAGCGAGGAUUUGUGCCAGACACUCCUGUUGGGGUUGCCCACUUCUUGCUGCAGAGGAAAGGGCUCAGCAGGCAGAUGAUCGGAGAAUUCCUGGGAAAUCGGCAGAAGCAGUUCAACAGGGAUGUGUUAGACUGUGUGGUGGAUGAAAUGGACUUCUCCACAAUGGAGCUGGAUGAAGCACUCAGGAAAUUUCAAGCACACAUCCGUGUCCAAGGAGAAGCCCAGAAAGUAGAGCGGCUCAUUGAAGCUUUUAGCCAGCGUUACUGCAUCUGCAACCCAGGCGUGGUGCGGCAGUUCCGCAACCCCGACACCAUCUUCAUCCUGGCCUUCGCCAUCAUCCUGCUCAACACUGAUAUGUACAGCCCCAACGUCAAACCCGAACGCAAGAUGAAGCUGGAGGACUUCAUCAAGAACCUCAGGGGGGUGGAUGAUGGUGAGGACAUCCCACGGGAGAUGCUGAUUGGGAUCUACGAGCGCAUCCGCAAGCGCGAGCUGAAGACCAACGAGGACCACGUGUCCCAGGUGCAGAAGGUGGAAAAGCUCAUCGUGGGCAAGAAACCGAUUGGAUCUCUGCACCAUGGACUUGGUUGUGUGCUCUCUCUCCCCCACCGGAGGCUUGUUUGCUACUGUAGGCUGUUUGAAGUUCCAGAUCCAAAUAAACCUCAGAAGCUUGGAUUGCACCAACGAGAAAUAUUUUUAUUUAAUGAUCUUCUUGUGGUGACCAAGAUUUUUCAGAAGAAGAAGAACUCUGUUACAUACAGUUUUCGACAGUCCUUUUCCCUCUAUGGAAUGCAAGUUCUUCUCUUUGAGAACCAGUGGCGACGCAGCAGUGCAGGAUCGCUAGACAGCAAUAUGGAAGGGUCCAUCAUUAGCAGUCCUCACAUGCGCCGAAGAGCUACAUCAACCCGAGAGUGUCCAUCUCGCCCUCACCAGACUAUGCCCAACUCCUCCUCACUCCUAGGCUCCCUCUUUGGUAGCAAGAGGGGCAAAGCCCUGUCCCAGAGCCACACGGCCCCGCUGCAGGCGGAGGGCGCGGCCCCGCACCCGCACCACGCACAGUACUGCCACCAGAACCCGCCGCCCUACCACCACCACCACCACUUCCAUCCGCCCCCGCACCCGCACCCACACCCGUACCACCAGCACGGCCACGGCCACAGCCACGGCCCCUACCUGCCCCAUGGCCACGGGCCGCACCACGCCCCGCACCACCACGGGCCGCCGCCACCCGCCGCCUCCAGCACCAAGCCCAAACACAGCGGCAUCAGCACCAUUGUCUAGGCUAAAGACCCUUCUUAUGACUCUCAUUUUAAACACAGCUGCAGAGGCACUUGCAGGAAGCAACAAAUCACACCGUCAGUUUUUACCUAGGCCGUUCCAAGCUUAAGGGCUUGUUGUUACUAAAUAAUUCCAGUUAGCCCAGGCCAUACUGGUUUUACUUAUCUACUCGAUAGAUGUUCACCACCAUCCAAUUAGUUCUUAUUUACAAAUUUGCCUUGAAAACAUGCUGCUUGCUGAAUCUGAGGAAAGCUACCUUUUACAUCAAACCCCUGGACAAUUUUACACACAUAAUGAGAAGAUAGCCUAUGGAAAAAAAAACAGGGAAAAAAAUGAGACAGAACCAAGUGUUGCAUUCUUGCUCUUUUAUUCUCAAUGGGCAAAAAAAAUAAGUAGACCUGAUAUGGUUGAUGAAAGUACGUAAGUAAACUUUAUAUAAUAUAAAUGUAUACAUAUAAAUAUAAAUAUAUAUAUACUGUAUAGUUAACAUAGUGCUUGGAAAGAAAUUUUUUCAGUCCACAAACUAGCAAUAUAGACUUUACAAGGAAUUCCACUUACUUGAUAGGGCAGCAUAAUAGAUGAAUAGCAUAUGAAAGAGUAGACCAAAAACAUUAAAGGUUAGAAACUAAUUUCAAACAUUUCAAUAUUUUCAUCACAAGUCCCCUGGACUUGUUAAGAUUUCUAAGCUAUCAUUACUAAAUGUGCCAAGUAACAUAGCAUUUAAAUGUUGUAGUCCAGUACUGCUUUGUAUAAAUCCUUAUUUUAUUAACACGAUGAUAUCAUACAUAAUCAGUAUUAGAGCUGCUCUGCUAUUUCAGGUAAGCAAACUCAUUAAGAUGCAGUAAUUAUUCCAUAGCAAUGGAGGGUGCCCACUUACCAGGGGGCACCUCCAAGCAUUGGUCACACAAGUUAUUCCAUAGCAAUGGAGGGUACCCACUUACCAGGGGGCACCUCCAAGCAUUGGUCACACAAGUUCUUAGACACUUUAAAGGCUGUGAUAACUGUGAAUUUACAUGAUCCACGUUUUUUUGUAAGCAUAUGGAUUGAACAAGCACACGGGAAGAGUUCUGCCAGGUGCAUGUAGACAGUGCAAAAACAUUCAUCUCAAACAUGAACGUGGCAAACCUCCAUCCUUCUCAGCUACCUUGGUUCCUGUUUACCAUAAUUUCUCAUUUUUACACCCAGUGAAGCUGAAUUCUAGUCCAGAGUGUUUCCAGUGGAAGUGCUUUAAAACUUAAAGGUUUGUUUAGGAAUUUAGUAUAGGGUAUAUAUAUAUAUAUAUAUAUAUAUAUAUAUAUAUAUAUAUAUAUAUAAAAAAUAUGUAAUUCCAUGUAGCCAUGUGCUAGCAACGAAGUGACUUUACCAUUUUUACUCAUCACAUUUGUUAGUUUGAAGCACCCAGCACUCAGCAGGCUGAGUUCAUGCUCAAACCCUCACUUCCAUAGUCCAGUUAGUGGCAAGACAUCACAUAAAAAUAGGCUGUGCUGUUGUUGCUUAUGUGUUGUAACCAAUCCAUUUGCAAAUCUCUCUACAAUUUGUAUCCCUAAGUCCUGUACAAAGUUAUCCAUGGCACCUACUUUGUAGUUUCAGCACUUUGAGCCACUGCAAGGACUUAACACCUAAACAGUAGAGACAAAGGAAUCACAACUGCAAAACUGUACCAGCGUAAAAGCAAACCUUGAAGAGGAUGAGCAAAAAGUUCCAGUAAGAGAUGGGUAAAAGUAAUCACAGCUCCAACCAGUCGGGUUUCUAUGUAACAGUAAUAAAAGCGUCCCAAAUUAGGAGGACAUGGGAGCAACAGAGUGACUUGUCAUGUUGGCUUGCUUGUGGCAUCUCUAUUGUGAGGAGGAUGAGAGAGGUUCAGUCAUUUUUUCCCUUUCAUACCAUGGAUACCACAAUACCAGCAAAACGGCAAACUGAGCACUUUGUUCACCUCCACAGAGAGCAAAUGCAGCAAUCUAGAGUUUAGCCUUGUUUCCAGCAGUUCAUGUUUGUUUCACACAUGUGCAAUAUGUUUUCCCCUUCUGCUCCUUCUCCUCGGAAUGGUCUCCAUGAAAAGAAAACAAGUGAUUAUUAUUUUUCUGUAUCACUCAUUCUAUUCUAAAUUCUGCGGCUUACCUUAAGAGGGCUCACCUGGGUCCCCUGAGGCUCUGUUCCUCACAGUUUAAAAAAUAUAUACUGUUCUUAUAAGGGAAAGUAGAACUGUCUGCAUGUCAUCUAAUGUUAUUAGUGUGAGGCUACACUCUACAUACUGUAUAAUUGCAAAAUAUAUCAGUGUUACUGUUGAUAUUAGUUGAAGUGAUAACAUAUUUCAAUAUGUAGACUUUUCUUCAUACAUCUGUACCAAUAGUAGAGUCUAACUGUAAUUUAUAGGUUGUUCCAGAAAAGAUAAAGAACCACUUAGGUGCAGACAUCUCUCAGAAACUGCAUCUUUUCAUUAAAAGAGGUGAGAAAGCUCCUCUUCACUGGGUGACAGAGUCUGUACUUGUUUCAGAUGCAGAGGCAUAAUGGAAGCAAAAUUCUGUAUAUGGAAUAAAGGCAGAAUAUGCAGUAGCAGUGGAGAGGAAAAUCUGACUCACUGUGUCACUGAACACUGAAGAUGUUAAAUCUCCCAGAUCUGCAUUUGCUUUAUGUUUAAAAAACCCUUUCAUUCAUUUAAAUUAGAGUUACAUAUAAAUAUUCUGUACUUAAACAGUAAGCCACAGUUUAUUGCCUGACCACUGAUUUUCCAUGUGCAAUCAAUGCAUUUGUGAGCCAAAGUGUUGAGGAGAUGUCACAAACGUGCAUGCACAGAAACAUUUCCAUGUGGUUCCAUGGACAUUGGGGAGGAAGCUGUGCCUGUCAUGGGCAUGCAGGGAAUGUGAAAUCACAGAUCAUUGGGAAGCUGGUUAGAAACUAAAACUGGUCACAGAGAGCACAGGAUUUGGAAACUGUUCUUUCAAGCCAAGGAGGAGAAACAGUGGACAUGACUUUUUUUUUUCCCCUAGUUUUGUUCUGUUUCUUAGACUGCAUGUUUCUGUCUACUGCAACGAAACAGUCUUGGUGUCAGCACAAGUCUCCAGACCUUUGCUGCCCCUCUGAUUCCAUCCUUGAUUAACAAUUGCUUAGAGUGGUAUGAGUCAUGCCAAGAAUAGGAGAAUUCCAGCUUUUAACGCAUGGGGUUAAGAAAAUGAAUUAAAAUGAAUUCUUCAGCCUGCAGGCAGGAGUAGAAUUGAGAGGGUUUUUUCUCAGAUGCCAUUGCCAAUUACAAAGUGGUACAGAACUGCAUAGAGUGACCGUGGUUCUCUCUUCCCAUAAACAAUGUGGCAAAGCAGUAAUGCUGAUUUGAACAAAUGAAAGGGAAAUGUAAAGAAUGACGGUGUGGCAACAAAAAAGCCCCAUCUUUUCUGGGACAACAAUCAAAUAUAUAUUUGGGGUUUUUAUUUUUUUAAGUUAAGAAUGAAAUAUAAGACAAUGUAAAAAACAAAAAAUCUAAGUUCAUCCUAAUAUAAUGUGCGUCUUGUAUUGCUAAAAAAAAAAAAGUCUAACAUACAGUGUAGAAUGAUUUUCCCAUCAUGUACUGCAUGCAGCAGAAGCCUCUUGUUUCUUGAUAAAAUGAGCUGAAAGACAGUCAGCAGAUAUUUAAACACUGAAUCUCUAGAUGUUGACUUGCUGUUCCAUAUGAAGCUGUAUGUGUUUUCUGCAGUUAAGCAUGCAUUUUGCUGUUCCCUUGUAAAAUACCACUUCUUGCCUGCAAAAUGGAUUCUUGUGUAUAUAUUUCAAAGAAAAGUGGAACCAAUAGCAAGAUUCAAUUUGAAAAAGAGAAAAGUGGGUGGUGAAAAUGGGACCAGUAAGGGGACUAGAGAAUUCUCUAAAUUGUACAUAGUGUGUAAAUUAGCAUUACUGUAAGUCUGCAGUCACUUUGAGGUUACCUAUCUCCUGCUAGGAACUUAAAUCAGCUUUGAGUUGUAUUAAACUGUUAGAAUUAGGUCUUGAAUGCAGACUGUUAAAGACUUCAAAAAUCAUUAUGCUUACAAGAAGCUUCUGUUCUGGGGAGGCUUGAGACCUUUUGUAACUGGGGAAGAAAGGAGUGCUUUCAUUUUAAUAUGCAUUCUGUUUGUAAGUAGUAACAGACCCUAUUGAUGUAAAACUAUAACUGUGAUCAUGUGGAAAAAUCAAAUAAAUCAUUUAAAACUC